UAUGAGGAGUCCUUUGGUAAGCUCUUCACAACCCACACCACCAAGUUCCUUGGCCUAAAAAGUAGAACUGGCAUAUGGCCUGCUUCUUCUUUUGGCAAAGAUGUUAUCGUAGGAAUAAUAGACACUGGAAUUUGGCCAGAAAGCGAGAGCUUUCAAGACAAAGGGAUGUCACCAGUGCCAGAGAGAUGGAAGGGCAAGUGUGAAAAUGGCACAGAUUUUGGCCCUUCAGCCUGCAACAGGAAGCUCAUUGGUGCUCAGUCUUUUAGCAAAGGACUCCAUGCUUCAGGUAAAAAAAUUUCCAAGGAAGAUGACUUCAAAUCAGCAAGAGACUACACUGGUCAUGGAACCCACACCUCGUCCACAGCAGCGGGUACCCAUGUACUUGGUACUAGUCACUUUGGGUACGCUAAAGGCACAGCCAGAGGUAUAGCACCAAAUGCACGUAUCGCCAUGUACAAGGUCCUCUGGUCAACAAGCACAGAGGAGACUGCAGCUACUGAUGUGCUCGCCGGCAUGGAUCGAGCUAUUGCUGAUGGGGUGGACAUCAUGUCUUUGUCUCUGGGAUUUACACAGACAUCUUAUUUCAAGGAUGUCAUAGCUAUGGCAUCUCUUUCAGCAAUAGAGAAAGGAAUUGUUGUUAUCUGUGCGGCUGGAAAUGAUGGAGGUCCAAACACAACAUACAACGGAGCACCUUGGAUCACGACGGUAGGUGCUGGCACUGUUGACCGAAGUUUUGCAGGAAAAAUGCACCUUGGAAAUGGAGCAACUGUGGAAGGAACAUCAUAUUUCCCGGAAAGCAUAUAUAUUACUGACACACCUUUGUAUUAUGGGGAACGUAAUCGAAGCAAAGCAACAUGCAACCUUUAUGCUUUGGAUCCAAAAGAGGUUGACAGUAAGGUAGUCCUAUGUGAUAAUAGCGGCAACAUUAGUGUCAUUAAACAAAUGAUAGAAGUUUUUAGGGCAGGUGGAUAUGCAGGCAUCUUCAUGGCAGACCAUGUUGCUUUAGGUCCAGCUGGGUCCUUCAUUCCUAGCCUGGUUUUAAAGACUAGUUCCGGGACUUCAGUCAGAGAGUACGCAACCAAGGCAAAAAAAGCGAUGGUGAAGAGCAUGAGGUUCAUGAUGACAAGCUUGGGCACAAAACCAGCUCCUCAAGUUGCCCGUUUUUCUUCUAGAGGACCUGACCCAAUUAGCCCAGGUGUUCUAAAACCAGAUAUUCUCGCUCCUGGGGCAGAUAUUCUGGCAGCAGUUGCACCCAAUAAACCUUUCACUUCAAUAGGCAACUACGAUUUGGUCACAGAUUAUGCACUCUACUCAGGAACAUCAAUGGCAGCACCCCAUGUUGCAGGAGUUGCAGCAUUACUGAAGGCUGUCCACCAAGAUUGGAGCCCUGCAGCCAUAAGAUCAGCCAUCAUGACCACCGCAAAUUUAGUUGACAAUACAGGCACAACCUUCAAAGACCAAUGGACUGGACUCCAUGCCACACCUCUAGACUUCGGGGCAGGCCACAUCAAUCCCAAUAAAGCCAUGGAUCCAGGCCUGAUAUAUGACAUGGGUUUCCAAGAUUAUAUUGAGUUCCUGUGUCGCCUCGGCUAUAGUAAGAAGCAGAUGAGCGCUGUCCUCAGAAGAAAUGAGUGGAGUUGCAGCCAAAAUCCCAUUGACCUCAAUUAUCCUUCUUUCGUCGCCAUAUUUCCCAAAGGAGCCAGCUCCAUAAAAGAAAAGAACUUCAGCAGGGUUGUGACAAAUGUGGGAGAUGAUACAGCCACUUAUCAAGCGGUUUUAGUUGUUCCUACUGGAAUGAGGAUCAAAGUAGAGCCCAGUACUCUCACAUUCACAAGCAAAUUUCAGAAGCAAAGUUUUGCUAUGAGUGUAGAGGUCGAUAAAGAUGCAACAAACAUAACGAGUGGCUAUCUCAAAUGGUUUGAUCAGGCUAACCACAUAGUAUCAAGCCCCAUUGUAGCCAUUUCUGGCUGACAUCCUCAGCAUAGGUAUUCUACCCAA